AGUCACUUGUGCACCUGUUGUAUUUGCUUUUUGAUAAUUUCAGACAACAUGCUGCUCAGCUUUGUUCUCCUCUGUUUUCUGUCAGAGAGCAUAGUUAAAUCCACAGAUACUACAAAGAGCUCCACUGAGCUGAAUUCAACUACAAUCACUACAAAAGCAACCUCCACUGUAGAAAAUAUGCCUCCCCUGCAGGUGGUGGCCACACCAGAUUACCCAGUUGCAGCAGGUCAAAGAGUCCACCUGCUCUGCAGCACUCCCAAUGUAACAGCUUUUGUCGCUUGGUUUUGGAAGCACAAAGAAAACCAGACCUGGAGCAACGUGGGCAGUGAUAGGGAACUGCUCCUCACUGAACCGGAGCAAAGUGGUGUGUACCGCUGCUAUGCUAAGAAUCGGUUAUCUCAGAUCAGCGAGAGCCCAGAUCACACAGUCUAUAUUGUCUCAGUGCAAGCAACAGUGGAAGGAAAAUUAGGAUUAGCUGCCUUUGUCCUUUCUCUUGUGGGCUUGAUAAGCAUCAUCUCUGGUCUUAUCUGGAUGGGCUGUCAGAAACGGAGUGCCACACUGACUGCGUCAAGCGCUCCAGUUAAAGGUGCUGCAGGACCUGCAGUAGCAUCAAAGGGAGGUUUCCCACAAGCUGAAAGUGAUGGAGAUGUGUACAUAAAUUACACAAGCACUAACCACGCUUACACCAAUCUCGAUCCCACCAAUGUUACUGAAGUAAAUUUGUACUCAACUCUGUCAUAAACGACGAUCUUAGUGAAGGUAGAGAAGUGAAAUAAAAAGAAAUAGACUGAAAGAGUGUUUUGUUCAGAAGCAGACAAAGGUUAGGUACUUCUGUAUUUGCAUGUAAAAAUCUGUAUUUACUGAGAUCAUAGUUUUUGCUAAAGUAAAUGAAAAUGAUCUACUUUCAUAUCUUAUUCUUAACGUGAAUGACCAAAUAUGAUGUUCUGUGCUGUGAUGGUUGUAGGUGAAAUGUUUUCAUUAUCUUUUUCAGUCAGCAAGUAACUGUCUCUCUGCCAUCUUCUAGCUGAUUUGUAAGAAAAACGAAUAAAUAAUUACUGAACCACCACAAUAAAAGAAAUUCAACCCAAAAUUAUUUUAUUGAAAUAACAUGAAAAAGAAAAGAUAGAAAUCACACCGGUCUGAUGGCAAAGUUGCUUCACAAAAUGCUUAU